AUGGGACAGACCCUGUCAGAUGAGGCCAAGCCUCCCUCUAAAGAGGAAAUUAGGACACACCUGGCCAAUAAGUUCGCUCGUAAAUGUUUCGAGCCAAUAGAGCUCUAUUCUUUUAAGGAUAACUUCAGAUCCCUUGCUGAUAACGAGCGAAAUGUGCGUUACCUUAAGGAGGACACCAUUACUCGCUUUCUGGAGCUACCAGACAUCCUCGCCGUCUCGCCUGUCUUGUUCCAUAUGUUGACCUACAUUGGCGCCUUUCCAUUUCUCAGUGACGCACCAGUUAUACUCGGCAUCGAGCAGAUGACCAUGGUCGUGGUUAUAAUGACAGAGCGCUACACCAAGGUCUUAACUAAAAGUGCUAGCAGCAGGAGAAAAUUGCUGUUUAAGAGCUUGGCCGUGUACGAUCGGAAGCUAUCCGAGAUCGAUACUGAGCAGCGUGAUGCAGGUUUAUCGCAACCAUCCUCCAAUGGACACGCCUCCGGCUUUGCUAUUGACGAGGCUGGCGAUGAUCUGGAUGAUGAUACGGCGGAGGAUGACGAGCUUGUUCUAGCUGCGUUGGACUCACUCGAUAUCAAUGACGCUUUCAAGACGGGCGAUUCUCACGCCGCUACCACACACGGAGCUAUGAUCCCAGCAGACAAUCUCAGAAAACUAAUCAUGUUACUGCUUCUAGUCUCUCCACUAGAUGCGCAAGAUAACAUCUCUAGCUACGCCGAUAGGGUCACGGGCGAGGAACUCGAAGACUUGAGAGCGACGGCUGAGAAUAUCCUGUCGGCCUUUGUAGAUGUUGAGAAAUCCCCUGGUAUCACCUACGCCCAGUUUAACAGGACCCUUCCGUCAAAUCUGCCUUUUCUUUUCAAUGGUUUCAAUCCCUUGUUUGAGCACUUCCUAUUUUCCAAGAACCUCGACUUCUCAAAACGUAAGGAUAGUGUGCCCAGCGCCAUGCCGUCUGCGAUAGUACGGCCUCCCCUAUUGCAAGAUAAGAGCGACAUUCUAAACCUCAGCAUUCUAUCUCAACUUUCCUUCUUCAUUAAUGGGAACGAAUUAUUCCGGCGGCUACGCUUGCUGUAUUCUGGCUCAAAGUCAGGAUACUCAAUGGGUAGCUUUGAGUCAAAGGUCUUCAACUGGCGUGCGCCUACGAUUCUCCUAGUAUCUGGUACUAGGCUUUCAGACCCACCAAGUGGCAAUAGAUUAGAAGACGCCUUUCAUGAUACCCUACCUUCCAAGAGAUUCCCGAACGGAAGUCCAGCGGACCGCGAUCGCUUGGUAUUCGGAGCACUUGUCAGGCAGCCGUGGCGAUAUACACACAAGGAGUGCUUCGGAGACGAAGAGACACUCCUAUUCCAGCUUGCGCCAACUCACGACGUCUUCCCGGCAUCUACCUUAAACCGUGACUAUGUGGCGUUUCAAAAGGCACCGGCAGCUCAUCCCGGGAUUAGCUUCGGCUGUCCACACCCCAAGAAAAGCCAGUCGUCGCGUUACGAGUCGCUACACAAAUUAGGGCCCGUGUCUCUUGUCAUCGACUCAAGCUUCGAGUUUGGUGUCUUCACACACGACCACUCUUCCCGCGGCGGCGCAUUCGCGACCAGCACAUCCCGGAAGUACGACUUCCAGGAACGCUUCGAUAUCGACGAUAUCGAGGUAUGGGGCUGCGGUGGUGAUGAAGAGGCAAGGGUACAAAGGGAGCACUGGGAAUGGGAAGCCCGCGAGGCCGAAUCCAGGAGGAGAGUAAACUUGGGCACGAGAGAUAUCGCUACUGAUCGUACACUGCUAGAGAUGGCUGGGCUAAUCGGCGCACAUAGGAGCGGAGGGUCAAUGGCUUGA